AGAGAGAGAGAGAGAUCUCAGGACGAUCUAGAAGAAGGAGCAGCCAAUUUUCAGCCCUUCAAGCUGAUACACACUCCCCUCAUUACGAACCACACAAACAGGCUUUUCCUCUCACACACACACCACACCUUGACAGGUGGCCUCUGCCCAGAUCAGUAUCUGUGGUAGAAGCCAGCUUAACUGACUCACUGAGGUUUGAGCUGAGGUUUGGAUCCUCUCUGACUGUUCGAGCGUGAGCAGAGUUAGGAGAGCUCAAGCUUCACUUUCUUCUCCAGUGCAGAGAGACGGCACGCCAGGCACGAGGCUCCCCACUCCUCCCCUCUCCCACUCUGCCUUUUUGCUGGGCUCCAGUCCAGAGAAUGACUGGCUCCAGUGGACCCAAGAGGAACGCAGCCUGAGGAUACAGUACAGCAGCUCCAGCCUUGCCUGCCUGCCCGCCUGCCUGCUGGGACACAAAUGCACUGAGGUUUUUACUAAUCAUCUCCAACACCUUUUCAGGAUUCACAGGGUAGAUUUCUUUUUUUUUUUUUUUCUGUCAUCAGAUAAGAAAGACUGGAUCUAAGCUGGGCAUACAGACAGACAAACAAACAGACGGACUGACAUAUGGACAGAGAGCAGUGGGCACUGCGGCGUGAAUGUAGCAACUGGACUUCUCUUCUCCCUGGUUACUAAGACCAAACAAGGAUAACAGCCAGAGCACUGUCCACCGAGGUAGUGGGUGGAUGCAGCUUUCAUCACACGGCUAUAGGGGAACGCAGAUACUGUAUAGAAGCUGCAGACUAUCGAGUUGAUCCUCAAUGUGGUGAUCGUCAGAAAAUGGACUGUUACCUCCAAGUAGACUUUUGUUGGAUUGCUAUUUCUUAUUAAAUAUUGUUUGCAGGAACUUGUAGGGCAAAGACUUUUUUUUCUAUUCAUGGACUUUGCUCCCCGUGUUGAGUGGACUUGCAGGAUUUCGGUGUAUAUGAACGUGGACUGUGUGUCUCAAUGAGGAUGGCAGAGUGCAUAAGGACAGUGUAUUUGACACUGAUGCUGCUGUAUCUUGUUCUGCUGGGCACGGCUCACACAGCCCACAGCAUAUACCCAAGGAUACGGCUCUCCCACAAAGAGCUUUGGCAGCUGAACAGAACCUGGGUGUUCCAGGGACACGGAGCGUCUCUUCAGCCCCAGACCAUGCUUCUGGAUGAGGGCCACGAGAGGCUUUAUGUUGGGGCCAAGAAUACUAUGUUCUCCCUUAGCCUGGACCGGGUCAACACACACCACAGAGAAAUUCAGUGGGCCAGUACAGAAUCUCAGAUCCAGGAGUGUUUGAUGAAGGGAAGGGAUAAGUCGGAGUGUGCUAACUACAUCAAGGUUCUGCAACAGUACAAUCAGACCCAUUUGCUGGUCUGUGGAACAGGAGCCUUUAACCCCAUUUGUGUCCUGGUCAGAGUGGGACAUGCAGGGCAGGACAGGUUUGCUCUUGAAGAAGAAAGUGUCAUGAGUGGCAGAGGACGCUGUCCAUACGACUCCAACAGUCCAUGCACGUCUACACUCUCCAGAGGAGAACUGUAUAUUGGCCUGUACACUGACUAUUGGGAGAAUGAUGGUGCUUUUUGUCGACUUAACAACCAGACCUACACACGCACUGAGAGAGACGACAGGCAGCAACUAAAUGAACCUAAAUUUGUGGGGUCAGCGGUUAUUCCUGACAACGAUGACAGGGAUGAUGAUAAAGUUUACUUCUUCUUCACUGAACGAGAGAUUGAUGCUGAGGGAGUGAACAAGGCUGUGUACACUCGUGUGGGGCGAGUCUGUGCGAAUGACCAAGGAGGACAGAGAAUGCUCGUGAAUAGAUGGAGCUCCUUCCUGAAAACUCGUCUUAUCUGCUCUGUGGCUGGACCAAAUGGCAUUGACACACACUUUGAUGAACUUGAGGAUGUGUUUGUGCUCAAGAACAAGGAUGGAAAAAAACCAGAAGUCUUUGGCCUCUUUAGCACAACAAGUGCGGUGUUUAAAGGCUAUGCAGUGUGUGUCUAUCACAUGGAUGAUAUAAGAGCAGCCUUUAAUGGACCAUUUGCAUACCGAGAGAGACCUGAGCAUCACUGGACACCAUAUGAGGACAGAGUCCCCUACCCUCGACCUGGAUCUUGUGCCAGUAAAGUCAACAGCGGUGGCUUCUCCAGCUCCAAGGAGUUUCCCGAUGAGGUUUUGCGGUUUGUGCGCUCUCAUCCUGUGAUGUACCGUCCAGUCCUUCCCCAGCACCGUAGACCUGUCCUGUUGCAGACAGAGCCAGGCAGAAGAAAGCUGACCCAGAUCGCUGUGGACAGAGUCCAAGCCCAGGAUGGACACUACCAUGUUCUCUACAUCGGCACUGACGACUCAGUGGUGUUGAAAGUUAUCACCAUCUACAACAAAGACACAGACACUAUGGAGGAGGUGCUGCUGGAAGAGCUGCAAGUAUUCAAGGUGCCAGCACCAAUAAGAGAGAUCAUAAUCUCACCUAAAAGGCAACAGCUGUAUGUCGGGUCAGAAGUAGGUGUGGCUCAGGUCAGACUGCAUCAGUGUGACCUCUAUGGCUCAGAAUGUGCUGAUUGUUGUCUGGCCAGAGACCCCUACUGUGCCUGGGAUGGUCUAACCUGCUCCAGAUACUACCCUGCUGGAGUUUACACCAAAAGACGAUUCAGGCGGCAGGAUGUUCGCCAUGGCAACGCCGUCCAGCUGUGCAAUGGGCUGCAAAUUGAUGAUGUAGAUGAACAAUGGCACAGAAGUGAGGAGAGGCUGGUAUACGGUGUGGAGAGCAACAGCACUUUACUCGAGUGUGUCCCUAGAUCACUCCAAGCAAAGGUACUCUGGUUUUUACAGCAAGACGGAGAGAAACAUGAGGUUCGAGGCGAUGAGCGGAUUAUCAUGACCUCCCACGGGCUGCUGUUUUUACGAGUGAGAAGCUCGGAUGCUGGUGUGUACGUGUGCCAGACUGUGGAACAUGGAUAUGUGCACACAUUAUUACGCAUCUCUCUACACGUACUCAGAGGGGAGAGGGUGGAGUCAGCGAUCCACAGGGCUAAUGAUGGGGAUGGAGAGAAAGCUGCACCUCCAUGCCACUCCUCUAUGGGCCACUCACCAGGCCCCAGCAUCAGCCCCAGGUCUCUGGUGCUAUCCUCAGUCCCAGGCCCCCAUUCCAGGCUGUGGUACAAAGAGUUUCUCCAGCUGAUUGGCUAUGGGGAUGCCCGGAAAGUAGAGGAGUACUGUGAGAGAGUGUGGUGCUCUGAUAAAAAACGUAAAAAGACCAAAAGGAAGUAUGUUCCUCCGGGUGGCGAGAAGAAAGGGAAAGGGAGAGGAGAGGAGAACUCCCACCGAGUGCCCAGGCACACCUUGGACACCUGAGGAGAAUAGAGAUUGACUGCUCACGCACACACACACACACACACACACACACACACACACACACGCACGCACACAC